UUCUUUCCUUCCUCUCUCUCUCUCUCUCUCUCUCUCUCUCACUUGUCUAUAUAAAUCUACCCAAAAGAGCCCAAGUUUUUCAUUGUAAAAGCCCAUACCAAAAAAACUCAACAACCAAAUUUAAAUCUUUCUUCUUCUUUUUUCUCUCCAAAUCUAUAGCCAUGUCUCAGACUGUUGUCCUCAAGGUUGGUAUGUCCUGUGAAGGCUGUGUUGGGGCUGUGAAAAGGGUUCUGGGCAAAAUGGAAGGUGUAGAAUCAUAUGAUAUUGAUUUGAAGGAGCAGAAGGUGACAGUGAAAGGCAAUGUGCAGCCUGAGUCAGUUCUGCAGACCGUUUCAAAAACCGGGAAAAAGACUACCUUGAGUUGCUGCUGGUCAUUCGCUUUGUGGAAGUAGUUGAUUAUAGUUGUUGAACUUAAUAUAAUAUAUAGCGAAAUUAUGUUUAAUGUGGACACAUAUAGUGUACUUUACAUGCUUUGGAUGUAAUCAUGUAAGCAAUAAUGAUUUCUUGGGUGCUUGACUUGUUAUAUCAUGUACAAGUAAUUAAUUAGAGAA